AUUAACUACUGGAUCGAUGGGAUAGAGGUUUCCAAAUUUCCUGCAUAAGCUGUUCCACUCGCUUUAAUAGCAUAUCUAAAUAACCUAAACAAGAGCUUAAAAAGAAAAGAAAAGAAAAGAAGGAAAAAAAAAAGGCUUAGACCCCACCAAACCCAAGCUAAAGCGGAUGGAAGUGGGGGUAUGAAUUCUGAAACGUUUUGAUGCCACAUCGGAGCAGCGGCAGCAGCGGUCUUUCUGCCUGGCUGUCCUCCCUCUUGAGAAGCUGCGCGCCUCUCUCCGCGCUCCGCCCCGGAAAGCAAGCCCAUGCCCAGGCCAUCGCCCAUGGCCUCCUCCCCCACGCCACCCUCGAGACCGACCUCGUCCUCAUGUACUCCCGCUGCUCCCACCCCCACCUCGCCCGCCAGGUCUUCGACCGAAUGCUCCACCGAAACAUGCACUCCUGGAACAUCCUCCUCUCCUCCUACGUCCAGACCUCCCUCUUUGACCACGCCCUCGCUCUCAUUCAUCCCUUCCUCCAAUCCGGCCUUCGCCCCGACCACUUCACCCUCCCUUCCCUUCUCAAGGCGUGCGCCGGCACCGGCGAUGCUUCUCUCGGAAUGGCACUCCACAACCGGGCCAUCGUUCUCGGCCUCGAAGACCAUGUUGUCGUGGCGGGAUCCGUACUCGACAUGUAUGCGAAAUGUGGAAAUUUAGUUGAUGCACAUUGCUUGUUCGAAACUAUGCUGAACAGAGAUGUGGUGACAUGGAACUCCAUGAUUUCUGGCCUUGCAAGAGCUGGGCAUUCCAUUGAAGCACUGCAUAUCUUCCAACGAUUGCAUUGGAAGGGGGAGGAGAUGGAUUCAAGGGCUAUCCCAAGCGUCCUGCAUGCCUGCGGUAGACUUGGUGAUUUGAUUAGAGGGAAAGAAGUUCAUGGGAGAAUGGUUCGAUGUUUGGUAUUCGAUUCUGAUAUUGCAAUUGGGAAUUCUUUGAUCGACAUGUAUGCCAAGUGCGGUUGCCUCGAACACUCGCAUAAGGUUUUCCUAAGCAUGUGCAAUAGGGAUCUUGUGACCUGGUCUACAUUGAUAUCUUGCUAUGGACUUCAUGGUAAGGGAAAGGAAGCAUUGACUCUUUACAAGGAGAUGAUAGCACAUGGACUUCAGCCCAACUGUAUCACCUUCACUUCAGUCUUAGCUAGCUGUAGCCACUCUGGCCUAAUUGAUGAAGGCCGGCAGGUCUUCGAUUCGAUGGUUGACGCUUAUGAGGUUGAGCCUAGAGUCGAGCACUAUGCUUGCAUGGUGGAUCUUUUGGGCCGCUCAGGGAGCAUAGGAGAAGCUCUAGCAUUGAUAUAUGAGAUGCCGAUGGAGCCAGCACCAAGUGUUUGGGGAGCUUUGCUAGGUGCUUGUGUUGUCCACAGGAAUGUGGAGGUUGGAGAAAUUGCUGCAUAUAAGCUAUUUGAAUUGGAGGCUGGCAAUCCUAGCAACUAUGUCGCACUCUGCGGCAUAUAUGAUGCUGUUGGUCGGUGGGACGGUGUGGCACAGAUGAGAUCAAGGAUGAGGGAAUUUGGCAUGGUGAAGAUACCAGGGUGCAGUUGGAUUGAUGUGAAGGGGAGGAUGCAUGUUUUCUACCAGGGGAGUGUUUCACAUCCUUUGGCAAAGAGAAUUAAUGAGGUGUUGGAUGUGUUGGCAAAGAUGAUGGCGAAUUCAGAUGAUCGGCAUGGAUGAUUUGGAUGAGUAUUUUUAGCAUUUGAGCUUCCAUCUCAUCAUUGUAGUGCAUGAGGUGCACCAUGAGAUCCGGCUCAAGGAGCUUCAAUGGUCUGUACAAUAAACAGACAUCGGAUAUAUGUUCUCAGGGCAUAUUACUGAGUUUCAAUCAGGGUUCAUGCAAUUUUUUACCUCCUGGCUGACAUCGGGCUACGCCUGGCCGAGAGCAUCGACUCCCCGAGCAUCCCUCAAUUCUCAGUUUGAUUGCUUUUCUCAGAAUUGGAAGGGACUAAUUCCCACCCUACCAGGCUCUUGGAUAGACUAAAGUCAUUGCUCCAAGGACCAAGGAUUUAUAUAUACAGGAUUGAAGAAAGAUUCCUAUGGAAUUGAAUCUUGCCCCCUGCUACUUGUUGCAAGGAUGUACUAUCCGGACUAACCAAGAUUCUUGGUUCUGCUGUCGUUGUUUUCCAAUUAUUUGUCAUGCA